AUGUCGGCUGCUGACAUGGCGCCCUCCCCCGCGGCGGGCGGGGGCAGCAAGGCGUCCUCGGCUGAGGAGGYGCUGCUCAGCCGGGCAGGCUGUGGUGGCGUGGGCCAGGCGCCCUCCCUGGGAGACUCUCCCUUUUCCCUCKGGGACCGCUUCCAUUACUCAUGCUCUGUCCAUCAUGGGAAUGGCCCCAGGUUCAAAGCCCGGGUGAGGGAAGGGAAGAAGCGGAGUGGGACGUGUGGGAGGACCAAUGCCAGACCCUAUGGCUCGGGGGCGGGGAACGGAGCGGGAGAGCSGAGCCCGCGCCCCAGAGCCGGAGCGGUGGCGCCCGCAGGGACCGAGCGCACGGCCAGGACGGCCAGCGCACCCUGCCCACGGCCGGCGGAGCGCAGCAGGCUCGGCGCCACCGAGAACUUCUGCAACUUGCCGCUGUCAAAAGCGACACGGGGAACGCCAGCGCAACCCUCGGACACGGGUAACGAGCCGGUUGGUGGGCAACGAUCCGGGUUCCUCAAACCUGAGGGAUCAAAGUGGGAAGAACCCCAAGCAUGCCCAGGCGGAAGAUUGGCAGUUUAUAGGGUCAACCGGCUGCGGGCGGCUCUGAUGGAUGGGCGGCGCACCCACUCGGCUAGCCCAGCGCCAGAGCCCGCCCUCUGGGAAAGCCAAUGCCGGGGCAGGGAGGCGGAUCUCCCCGAGCUCGUUUGGCCCGGUUUCUCCUCCCCUUCGCCAGCAGCUGCGCUUCGCCCGGGACUGGACCGAGUUAGAGUUGAGGCGCCGGAGGAGUAG